AUGUCGUCACCUCACCCUACUACCCUCAUCCCAUACUCUGAACGAAUCAAGUUCCACACCAACCCUACCGCCAUCAAGAUUCUGGAAAUCAUGGACAGGAAGAAAACCAACUUGGCUGUGUCGGUUGAUGUCAAUACUGCUAAAGAGGCUUUGGAGGUGGUUAGAAGAGUAGGUGCGAGUGUAUGUAUGGUCAAGACCCACUGUGAUAUCUUUGAAGACUUCAUUCCUGCCUUCACCGAAGAAUUGGUCAGACUUUCGAAAGAACUUGAUUUCGUCAUCUUCGAAGAUAGAAAAUUCGCUGAUAUCGGAAACACCGUCUCUCUCCAAUACUCCUCAGGCGUCCACAAAAUCGCCUCCUGGGCGGACCUCACCAACGCCCACUCGGUCCCUGGUCCAGGUAUAAUCGCGGGCUUAGCCAAGAUCGGUCAACCUCUUGGACGAGGUUUACUCCUUCUCGCCGAGAUGUCUUCAGCUGGAUCAUUGGCCGUAGGUGGAUAUACCGAACAAACAUUCAAAAUGGCUCAAGAUGCCGGUCGAGACUUCGUUAUUGGUUUCAUUGCUCAAAAUCGAGUCGAUCAAGCAGAUAAGGUUAAAGAAGGUGAAGACUAUUUGAUCAUGUCACCAGGAGUUGGAUUGGGUCGGAAAGGAGAUUCUUUAGGUCAACAAUAUAGGACUCCUAGAGAGUGCGUGGUGGAUUCGGGAGCGGAUGUGAUCAUUGUUGGAAGAGGUAUAUAUGGUGUGGAAGGUGGGGAGCAAGCUGUGAGAGAUGAGGCGGAGAGAUAUAGACAGGAGGGCUGGAAGGCUUAUGAAGAGAGGUUGGGAAGAAAGUGA